AAAACAUAACCUCGUGUGACCAGAUCAUAUUGUUUUGAAUUUUCUUGUACUUGGCACCCUUGGCAGACGGAAAAUACGAAAAUUUUUAAUAUUAUUAGUUUCAAUAUGUUCGCCGUACGGGGUACAUUAUUUUUUAUUUAAUUUUGUUCAGUUUUAAGUUAUUCUAUUAUAUUCAACCUAUUAUGCGUAAACGAGUAUCUUUGAAGAAUUUAUAAAGUAAAUUCAAUAUGUUAUUUUGCCCGACGUGUGCCAAUGUUCUUAUGGUGGAGGAAGGGCCGGAAUCUGGCCUGCGGUACGCCUGUAACACUUGCCCUUACAUAUAUAAUAUUAGAAGGAAGGUGUCUUCUCGCACGUUCCCUAAACUAAAGGAGUUGGACUAUAUUAUGGGCGGAGCUGCCGCCUGGGAAAACGUUGACUCGACAGAUGCUGUGUGCCCUAAGUGUGGGCAUGGUAGAGCAUUCUUUAUGCAACUGCAAACCCGCUCAGCUGAUGAGCCUAUGACCACAUUUUAUCGCUGCUGCAACCAUAAGUGUGCUCACAACUGGAGAGACUAAUAAUUACCAUUUCUGAAAGACUUCUUAAUUAAGUGUGAUAAAUACUUAGUACAGUAUUUAAUUUUAAAAUAGUGUUUUUGAUUAUGAGAAUCUUCCAAAAGCUUAAUUUAAUUUAUAGCUUUUUAGUUAGACAUAAAGGUGCAACACCAAAAAUGAAAAUUGAAAAAAUGGCUCCAGUUAUACAAAGCUCUGAAGAGUCAGCUUGCUCAAAAGCUGCUGAUUUCCUGAGUAAAGAACAUGUUAUAGCAGUUCCCACAGACACCAUAUACGGCCUUGCUUGCAGUGCUAACUGUCCAGAUGCUAUUAAAAAGUUAUAUGCUAUCAAAGGAAGAGAUUCUGCAAAGCCAGUGGCAAUUUGUGUCUCAUAUAUAUCGGAUGUAAGGAAAUGGGGUGAAGCCGGUCAUUUGCCAGACAGUCUACUGCACAGCCUUCUUCCAGGACCAGUAACUGUUGUCCUAGAGAGAACAAAGUACCUUGACAAUCCAUUUCUCAACCCAACUACCACUAAAA